GCUGAGAAUGGAGCCACGGGUGUUGAGCUGGACCUUGAAUUUACUGCAGAUGGUGUUCCCAUUCUAAUGCAUGAUGAAACAGUAGAAAGGACAACUAAUGGAUCUGGAAGAUUGUGUGACUUGACUUUUGAUGAAAUUAGGAAGCUUAACCCAUGUGCAAAACACAGGCUAGGGAGCAAAUUCCAAGGUGAAAAGGUACCAACUCUGAGAGAAGCUGUUGUGGAGUCGAUGCAUCACAAUCUUAUAAUCUACUUUGAUGUCAAAGGCCAUGCAAAUCAGGCGGUUGAUGCUCUGAAACAACUCUACCUGGAAUUUCCGCGUUUGUACAACAGCACCAUAGUCUGUUCCUUCGUUCCAGAUGUUGUUUAUAAGAUGAGACAAGCUGACAGAAAUGUUGUAACAGCGCUAACAUACAGGCCUUGGCAACUGAGCCACUUGGGAGAUGGGACCCCCCGUUUCAGUUCCUCCUGGAAGCAUUACUUGUAUAUGAUGAUGGAUGUUGUUCUAGACUGGAGCCUACACAGUUUCUUGUGGCGACUGUGUGGGGUUUCAGCUUUCCUCAUACAGAAAAAUUUUGUUUCUCAGGAGUACGUGAGGCACUGGUCUUCCAAAGGAAUUCAGGUGGUUGCCUGGACAGUGAACACAUUUGUUGAAAAAAGCUACUGUGAGACUGUCCUCAAAUCCAGCUACAUCACGGACAGCUUGGUGGAAGACUGUGAUCCUCAUUACUAGACUUGCAUGUUGCAGACACUCACCGACCUAAAUAAGCUCUCUUACUCAGGCAGGUCUGAAUUCACCAUCGAGAG